AUGGGUAACGUUCCAGGUAAAUUGGAUCAAGACAAUAUAUAUUUUAACCAAAGUGGGAGAGGAGCAGGUACGCAAUCCAACAAUGCCUCGCCGGAGAAAAAUAGGAUUACCAGGAACAGGCGUGCAGUUUCUUUAGUUAACAGUGUCUUAGCAACUAGUAGGACAAGUACUAAUCUCUCAGAUGAAGCCAAUCCCAAUAAGAGAAGAAGUACAAGAGAAAGAGAGGCUCUAAAAGAGGAACAUGCUAAGGGAUUAGUAGUGAAAUAUAAUGAGACAGUGGAUGGUGGUUAUCUGGCACCCUAUGGUGUUUAUAGUGUGGAAAAAUUAGAUUAUGAUGUACAAAUCGUUAAAAAACUGAUUGUUGAUCGAAAAUUAGCACCGUUUUACACUCCUUUACAGGAUUUUGAUAAGUCUUGGACCAAAGAAGAAGUUAUCAAGAUAAUUAAUGGAUUACCUUUACAUUCAACUUUUAGUGACUGUAUCGAAGAAUUCGAUGGUGUCCCAACGGGGAAUUUGAAAAGGGCAAAUUUUGAUGAUCUUAUAGAUAGAUCCCUCUCGAAGAAGGAACAAAGAAGAGAACAUUCCAAAAUUUUCAAGGCAAGAUUAUAUAAGAAAAGGGUACUGUGGCAAGAAGGUGAAAAUGAAUUGUUUUUGGAGAAAAAAAUAGAAUCAAGAAGCCCGAACUCUAAACCAAAUCAAUAUUUACCAAGUGAUGAUUUAAAAUAUGAAGUAUACAGAAAUGGUAAUGAAUGCCCAAUAUGUUUUUUAUAUUUCCCUGAACCUUUGAAUUAUUCAAAAUGUUGUUUGCAGCCAAUAUGUACAGAAUGUUUUGUCCAAAUAAAACGAUCUGAACCACAUUUCCCACAUGAAGAAAUAGACCCAAUGCAGCCCGCCGAAAGUGAAAGUGAAAAGGAUCCAAACCUUUUGACUUCUGAGCCUGCGACAUGCCCCUAUUGUGCCACUCCCGACUUCUCGAUUAUGUAUUGCCCACCAAAAACUAGAAGGACUGGACUAGGCGGUAUUCCACCAAUAGCUUUUAAAAGUGAUCAAUUAUAUAUUCCUGGAGAAAGUUCAAACUCAGAUGGUUCAGAUGAAACGAAUUUGCGUAGUAGAUCUAAAUCAGUAGAAGGAUCAGCUAUCAUUUCUGCAGAUUCUAUCCGUCCAGAUUGGGAAAAUAAGUUAAAGAAGGAAAGAAUGAGAUUAAUGAAAAGGUCCAAUAACGCCACAGCGAUACAUAUUAGUAAUAGAUUAGUUCAGCCGGAACAUAGAUCUAGAAACGGCUCAACCCCAGGAUCUUCCAGUCCAACAACAACAGGUGCUAAUGAAACAACUACGAUUAAUGAACUGGAAGAACAAAUGGUUGAAGAAGCAAUUAAAUUAAGUCUGGAAGAUAAUGGCACUAGUGGGAAAAAGAAGAAAAAGAGAUCUCAAACUCUUUCCUGA